AUGGCAUAUGUGCCCCCCUACCCGCUGCUAAACAGGACCUACAACCUGUAUCGCGCAUCCCCACUGCACCAUGGCGACUCGGUUCUGCUCAGCGAUCAGUCGAUGCGCGCCCAUGCCAAGCGGCUCAAGGAGCAGCUCAAGGGCGACAAUGUGCGUGGUGUGCAGGUCGACUUUGCCGGCGGAGAGGAGACGGCAAAGCUGGGCCCGCUCGAAGAAUGCCGCUGGGAGGUGCUUGGCGACGAGGAUGCCUGGAUUGACCGACGCCUCCAGUCUGAGGAUCCAGACGCACCGCGACUCGCGCCAGACGUCACGUCAGACCGUGCCCGUGGCAUCCAUGUGAGCCUCGAGUAUGAGAAGAACAUGUACAAUGCCCUCCUUCUACGCGACCCGCAUGCCACGUCUUCGCCCAAUGGUUUCACCUCGCUCCCUCUUGUGCUCGUGAAGAUGCCAGCGCCAAUACGCGAGAUAUUUCUAAACUACAUCCGAGCCACCUUCGACGCCCAUGUAGCUCCCUUGAGGCUCCCUUCGUCGUUUAUCACGUCGUCCCUCGAGACCUUCUUCAGUCACCUUACAGCGCGCACUUCCACCCUGUCCAUCCAAGACACCAUAAAGCAGCUGCACGUCCAACUCACAUUCCCCAAUGCCACGAGCCUCCUCAAGCACAUUGAAGUCACAAUCGCAGCAGAAGACGUAGCCGGCUUCGUCCAGCGCGGAAAGCUACUAAAAGCAACCCACGCCAAACCCUUCAUAGCCGCCCUAUCCAACUACCUAAACCGCCACCUCGCCCUCGACCUGUCCCACCCAAAAGUCCAGAUAUCCCGUAUAUCCUGCGCCAGCUUCCACCUCGGCACUGAGCGCCUCAAAAUCGUCGCCCCAGAUACCCUCCCAGACACGUCCAUCACCGACCACGGAUCCCCGUCGCAGUCGCAGGAUUCAAGUGCAACGCAACUUGCCGUCCAUCAGUUGUAUACCCUGUUGGUUCGAGAAGCGACGGGAAGCGGCAAGUUUUUGCCAGAAGAUCUGGCAGCGGAUGUAAGGGAGGACACGCCGUCUUCGACUGCGAGUGCACGCAGGAAAAGAGCAGUUAGUAGCACGGCGACUGCGAAUGGGGCUACCAAGAAGACAAAGGGAAAGGGGAAAGGGGAUGGGAAGCAAACCAAUGGGGAUAAUCCCCAGUAA